AUGAAUUCGGACAGUCGGACACCCGUUCUUCGACACGUCUCGUCUUCGAAUCACACGCCUUUAAGUUUGGACGGAUCGGAGACCACAGCGGUGCUAGGUGCCCCCAUGUCCCGCAAUGACCUCGGCUGCAGUCGUGCACUCGACCAAAACGGAUUGUUGUCACCCGGCACUUUGUACGGGAACUUGGACACUUUGAAAGGACCGGCGCCGCACACCUUUAGUAACAACAGCUUGCCAGUGAAGCCCAAGGUUGCGUUAUUUGAUCAGAACUCGGAGCUGUCGACGGAGGGAUUCCGCCAACGUGCGGCACUACAGACGUGCUCCAUCAGUUGGCAGCAUAUUUCGUACUUCAUUCAGCCCAAGGAGACGCUACUAGGACGUUUUCGUAACAACAGCAAGCGCGGAUCAGGGCUGUCCGGACUUGAGGCACAGCUCGAGAGACAACAGCCUCGCAAGAUUCUCAGCAAUGUAUGGGGUCGAUCGGGACCGGGAGAGUUAACUGCCAUUUUAGGACCUUCGGGUGCAGGUAAAACCACGUUGCUUGGUAUGCUUGCCGACCGAGUGCCGUCAGGGGACUCGGGUGUGCACUUGGAAGGUCUCGUGGAAGUGAAUGGCCAACCUCGUGACCUCCGCACGUUCCACUCUAUCAUGAACUACGUAUCCGAAGAGAUGGCUUUCCUUGGAGCAUUCACAGUGUUGGAGACCCUACAGAUCGGUGCUGGGCUGAGUUUGCCCGGACACAUGCCCCCCGUGCAGCGAGAGGCUCGUGUUCAAGAUGUGAUCGACGCGAUGGGAUUGCGAUCAUGCGCUAACGCCCGAGUGGGCGACAUAUUCCACAAGGGUAUUUCGUCCGGUCAACGCAAACGUCUUGGCAUUGCUCUGGAAUUGCUUUCGGACCCUGCUUUGCUGCUUCUUGAUGAACCGACUUCUGGUUUAGAUUCGUCUUCCGCUCGUGGUGUCAUGCAGUACAUUGAGCGUUUGUGUCAAGAAGGUGGUAAGAACGUUGUGUGUACGAUCCACCAGCCUUCGUCUUCCAUCUACGGCAUGCUUACCAAUCUGAUCAUUCUCAGUGGUGGCGAGCUGGUGUACAGUGGACCUACUAGUGCUGCCAUUCCUCACUUUUUUUCCAUGGGAUACGUGUGUCCGAUGUACACGAACCCGGCCGAAUACUUUGUUCAUUUAGUGAACACAAACUUUCACGACGGAUUGAAGCUGGAACCGUUCACCCGUGCACUAAAGGAAAGUGCUGAACCACAGCGUCUUCGUGCUGAUGUUGUUCAAGAUCGAUCUCGACGUGAGCACCUCACUAACCCCGAACUGCUCAAAGCCAUGCGACCGUGGCCGAUGGACCAGUUUGUUGUGUUGCUCAAACGUAAUAUGACCAACAACUGGAGGCAUCCGGGUGUGUUCUGGCUGCGUGUGCUCAUGUACGUGUUGCUGUCCUUGAUGGUGGGCACCAUGUAUUUGAGUUCCAACGCCGAAAUCAAGGACACGUCCAUCGUGCCGCUGCUCUUCUACGUGCAAGCUUUCCUGGUAUUCAUGUCCGUCGCCGCUCUUCCGGCUUUAUUGGAGCACCGAGCAGUCAUGGAACGAGAAAUGCGAGCAUAUGCAUUGUCACUCACGGGUUACACGAUGUCAAACCUGCUGGCUUCGUUACCGGGCAUUUUCCUCAUUUCUGUACUGGCAUCCGUCAUCGUGGUGUUCCUGGCUCAUGUGUACACGUUUUCUACGUUCCUUUUGAACUUGACAUUGUCACUCAUCGCCGCUGAGUCUCUGAUGCACUUGAUUGGUGCUGCUGUGCCUCACUACAUCAUGGGUAUUGCGUUGGGAGCUGGUCUCUUCGGUAUGUUCAUGCUUUGCGAAGGCUUCAUGGUGCCGUUUUCGGAUAUGCCCGUGUACUGGAAAUGGGGUUAUUACAUCGCCUUUCACACGUACUCGUUCGAGUCUUUCAUGUAUGAGCAUUUUUCUAGGGUGAACACGGCUGAGGCGUGGAAAAUUCUCCAAAACUACGGCAUGGAGAAAGUGAACAUCUGGCAGGACAUGAUCAUUUUGGCAUGUUACUCGGCUGUAUUGCAAAUUCUCGUCAUUGGUGUGCUAACCCUCCGAUUUAGUCGGCACCGCCGCCGCUAG